AACGGACUAGCUAGUAGCUAAAAAGGAACAAUGGCGACGGCGGCAACUGCAGCGGGUGGAACGGGCUCAGGAGGGCCAGCGGCCGGUCAAGGAAGCUCUGGUACCUCAGUCGGCAGAAAGAAAGAUGGGGGGCCAUCUGCAAAAUUUUGGGAGAGUUCAGAGACAGUAUCUCAGCUCGAGACGGUUCGAAUGUGGAUCGGAAAGCACUACAAAAAGUACGUCCAGGCCGACUCCCCUUCCAGCAAGUCUUUGGCUGGGCUUGUGGUGCAGCUGCUGCAGUUUCAGGAGGAUGCUUUUGGACGGAGGGUGAGCAACCCUGCCCUCACCAAACUGCCCGCUAAAAGCUUCUUGGACUUCAAAGCAGGUGGUGCUCUCUGUCACAUUCUAGGCUCUGCUUAUAAGUUCAAGAGUGAGCAGGGCUGGCGUAGGUUUGAUCUACAGAACCCCUCCAGGAUGGACAGAAACGUGGAAAUGUUCAUGAACAUUGAGAAGACCCUUGCUCAGAACAACUGCUUGACGAGACCAAUAGUCUACAUUGUAUCUGACACAGAGCAGAAGCAAGCCAACAAACUCAAAGACAUCAUCAAAAGGCAUCAGGGGACCAUCACAGAAGAUAAAUCCAAGGCCACCCAUCAUAUCUAUCCUUCUCCGUCUACCCUUGAAGAAGAGGAGUGGCUGCGUCCUGUCAUGCGUAAAGACAAGCAGGUGCUGGUUCACUGGGGAAAUUACCCAGACAGUUACGAUACAUGGGUGUCUACCAGUGAUGUGGAUGCAGAAGUUGAAGAGCCACCAAGCUCUGAAAAGCCCUGGAAGGUGCAUGCCAAGUGGGUCCUUGAUACAGAUGCUUUCAACGAGUGGAUGAACGAGGAGGACUACGAGGUAGACGAGAACAGGAAGCCCGUAAGCUUCCGUCAGCGCAUCUACCCCCGUGAGGAGGAGUCUUCCCGUACACCCGAUCGUAAGGAACGCAAAUCCCUGGCCGGCGGCAAGAAGAGGAGGCGCUCUCCAUCCCCUCCCAGCACUCUCUCAGAGUCCCGCAAAAAGGGGGGCAAGAAAGGGAACCCUGGGCAGCAGUGGAAGCGGCGCGGUCACCGUGACGAUGACGAGCAGGAAGACGACCUCACCAAGGACAUGGAAGAUCCCUCACCUGUUCCAGGCAUGGAGGAGGUCUCGCUGCCUAAAAACGUCAAUCAGAAGAAAGACAGUGAGAACACCCCUGUUAAGGGAGGUACGGUUGCUGAUUUGGAUGAGCAAGAAGACGAGUCUGUUGCAUCUGGCGGCAAGGAGGAUGACGAGCAGGGCAAGAGCGAGGUGAACCGUCUGAUGGACGCUGGAGAGGACAACGUGACUGAGCAGACUCACCACAUCAUCAUCCCCAGCUACGCUGCCUGGUUUGACUACAACUGCAUUCACGAAAUCGAGAGACGAGCCCUGCCUGAGUUCUUUAACGGCAAGAACAAGUCCAAAACCCCAGAGAUAUACCUGGCCUAUCGAAACUUCAUGAUUGACACAUACCGGCUUAACCCUCAGGAGUAUCUGACCUCCACCUCCUGCAGGAGGAACCUGACUGGAGACGUGUGUGCUGUCAUGAGGGUUCAUGCUUUCCUGGAGCAGUGGGGACUUAUUAAUUACCAGGUGGAUUCAGAGAGCAGACCACUGCCCAUGGGCCCUCCCCCAACCUCACACUUCAGCGUGCUCGCAGAUACCCCGUCUGGCCUGGUCCCCCUGCACCAUCGCCCCCCGCAGGUUCCACCUGCCCAACAAAUGCUGAACUUCCCGGAGAAGAGCAAAGACAAGCCUAUCGAUCUUCAGAACUUUGGCCUUCGCACUGACAUGUACUCCAAGAAGAACCCCAAGGGUAAAGGGGCCAGUGCCAGCAGGGAAUGGACCGAGCAGGAAACCCUCUUGCUGUUGGAGGCCCUGGAGAUGUAUAAGGAUGAUUGGAACAAAGUGUCAGAGCAUGUGGGCAGCCGCACACAGGACGAGUGUAUCCUUCACUUCCUCAGGCUGCCUAUCGAAGACCCUUACCUGGAGAGCGCAGAGGCCGCCCUGGGGCCCCUGGCUUACCAGCCCAUCCCAUUCAGCCAGUCUGGAAACCCCGUCAUGAGCACGGUCGCUUUCCUCGCCUCCGUCGUCGACCCCCGCGUGGCAGCCGCUGCAGCCAAGGCAGCUUUGGAGGAGUUCUCUCGUGUGCGUGAGGAGGUGCCCGCUGAGCUGGUGGAGGCUCACGUGAAGAAGGUACAGGAGGCGGCACGGACCACGGGGAAAGUCGACCCCGCGUUUGGCCUGGAGAGCAGCGGUAUUGCAGGCACUGCUCCAGAGGAGCCAGAAAAGACAGAAACUCCCGAGACAGAAAAGACGGACACAGAAUCUGACUCCCAGCAGGCCGACAAGGCGGAGUCAAAAGAUGAGGCUGAGAAACCCAGCGAGUCGGCUGACAGACCGGCGGAGGGAGAGAAGGUGAAAAGCGAAACAACAGAAAAGCCCGAGCAAGAGGAGGAGGAGAACAAAGGAGGAGAAAACAAAACAGCAGAAAAAGACAAAGAGGAGGCCAUGGAUACCACUGAAGAAGGGAAGGAGGGAGAGGAAGAGCAGCCAGAGGAGGGCAAGAAGAAACUGGAGUUGGAUGUGGGAGAGGGCAACAUUGCCACUGCAGCUGCUGCAGCUCUGGCCUCUGCUGCUACCAAGGCCAAGCAUUUGGCUGCUGUGGAGGAGAGGAAGAUCAAGUCUCUGGUGGCUCUCCUGGUAGAGACUCAGAUGAAGAAGCUGGAGAUCAAGCUUCGACAUUUUGAAGAGUUGGAAACCAUCAUGGACCGAGAGAAAGAGGCACUUGAGCUUCAGAGGCAGCAGCUCCUGACAGAGAGGCAGGCCUUCCACAUGGAGCAGCUGAAGUACGCUGAGAUGAAGGCUCGCCAGCAGAUGGAGCAGCAGGCAGCCGCCGCUGCCGCCGCCGCCCAGAACCCCGGAGGACACCAGGGGCCUCACGGUCCCCACGGCCCACCGCCAGGCAUGCACCCCGGACACCCCGGGCACCCAGGUCACCCUGGACCUGGCUUCCCUCCAAUGCAUCACCCCAUGGCCCCACACCAUCCCCCACAGACAGGACCUAUGGGAGGACCAGGCCAGCCAAUGCCAGGACGCAUGAUGCCCGGACCCCUCCCAGGAGGCCCUCCCCAGGGUGGCAUGCCUCCCAUGAUGGGCCCCCGACAUCCUGGAGCUCCCAACGGCAUGUACCCCGGCCCUUCUCCCGCACAGCCUGAUGGGAUACCUCCAGCCCCAGUUGGACCGCCUGUGCCCGCCCCUCCAACUCGUGCUGCUGAAAACUAAUUAAGCACGCGUACAUACACACACACGAAACACACACACACAAACGUUCACACACAGUUUCAUUUCAAACAAACAUUAAGGUCAACCUAACUCCAUGAAAAAUAACAGCCCAAAUCAUCUGGAAUACACACCUGUGGUCAAACUCCCCCUACUGUUUUCCCUUACCGAAGCUUGGGUCUUAACUACUCUUCCUUUUGGGUUCUCUUCUCUCCCAAAGCCUCACACUGGACUUGCGCGUCUGCACACGUAGACAGACACACACACACACGUGCGCACACACAUACCCACACGCUCAGGGCACAAAGACACGGGUGCUGCCAUUUCUGCAUCUCUGCGUUUUGUUUUUUCAGUAAGAGCACAUGUUCUUUUCUCUUUUCUUCCUCUGCUGUAUGAUAAUAGGCGACGCUUUUCAAAAGAACAGUGCUCUUAACAGCCUCCCGGUUUGGGUCGGGGAGACAGCUGCUGACUGGUGGCUCUUCCCUCAAAUGUGACUGAUCAUAUGUGUAUAUUGUGUUAGUUUAUGUAAGCUAAAGCCAGAGAAAACCAGAGGGAGCAGGUGCUCUCUGCCCGACACAGAGAGGUUGAUGGCGGGCGUGGAGAUAAAGCUAUGGUCCUCGUACGUCAGUGGUCACCUCCACCCCCUCCAUCUCUCUUUUUUUCUUUCUUCUGUAACCUCCCUCUUCAGAUUCACACUGUAGCAAACGAGCCAACCAGCAGCAGCGGCGCCUCGCCACCCGGUCCGACUGGGCCAGGCCUCACACUGAAGCACGGCACCAACUCAUCUGUCUUAGCCGCUGUUUUAUGGGUGUGUGCUACAUUCACCUUACGUUUGGCUUAGAGCUGUAGCUGCCCUUGCACUUAAUGUCGGUACCUCUCGUGUCACUGAGAAUCUACCUCUCCAGUGUGUCAUCUUGACUCGUUACUGUAGUGAGAAAUAUGUGGAUGGGUUGUGUGUG